CGCUUGUCGUUGUUCACACUCCACAUUCACAAUGUUUACGAGAGGCUGUUUCUACGAAUCCAAACAGGCUUAUCAGACUCUAAGAAUGGGGAAUUUCACGUCGUCAGCGCCUGGGUUGUCAGGCUCAGCAUGUACUCAGUUUGUCCAGGAUGUUGUGUCCAGUAACUGUGUUGUGAUAUUCUCCAAAACCACAUGCCCAUACUGUAAGAUGGCGAAGAAUGUCUUUAAUGAGAUCGGAGCUGCAUAUAAAGUUGUUGAACUGGAUGAACACAAUGAUGGUAGACGUCUCCAGGAGACCUUAGCGCAAAUGACAGGUGCCAGAACAACAAGUCUUGUAAAAAGAUAA